AUGCGAGGCUGGACUAACAGGGCUCUACUUCCCUCCCUCCACCACGCCCUGCCCUGCGUCCCGAGGACCCAGCAGGUUGCUGAGCCUUCACCACCAUCUGACAACAACGAGACUGAACAAGGCUGUGAGCAGAAAAAAGAUGCAAACAGUGGUUUACAGGAGGCAGUUGUAUAUGUGGGACCAGAGCUCUGGGCUAGAGACACCAGUUUGAAACUCAUCAACAGCUUACAGACUCAGAAGGCAGGGAGUGGAGAAGGUGGGAACGAAAGGUCAAAUGCAAGGGCCCUUCCUCCUGCACUCCCUGACGACCACGAAGUUCUUCUGAUGGCAGAAUUUGCAGGGACAUUUUUGUCCGCUCACUCAUCCGCGCAGAAGGAAGACCAUGCUCCCUAUUUGGUAUACCUCAAGUCCCACUUCAACCCCUGUGUGGGUGUCCUCAUCAAAAGCAGCUGGGUGCUGGCCCCUGCUCACUGCUACUUACCAAAUCUGAAAGUGAUGCUAGGAAAUUUCAGGACCAGAGUCAGAGAUGGGACAGAGCAGAUACUGAACCCGAUCCAGAUUAUCCGCUACUGGAACUACAGUCAUAGUUCCCCCCAGGAUGACCUCAUGCUCAUUAAGCUGGCUAAGCCCGCCAACCUCAACCACAAAGUCCAGCUCCUUCCCCUCGCCACAAAGGCCGUCAAGCCAGGCACCAUCUGUCUGAUUUCAGGUUUGGACUGGAGCCAAGAUAACAUCGGCAGACACCCUGAUUUAAGGCAGAACCUGGAGGCCCCCGUGAUGUCUGAUGCAGAAUGCCAGGAGGUGGAACAGGGCAGAAGCCACAGGAACUCCUUAUGUGUUAAAUUUGUGAAAGUGCUCAAUCGACUUUUUGGGGAGGUGGCCGUUGCUACUGUCAUCUGCAAAGACAAGCUCCAGGGGAUCGAGGUCGGACACUUCAUGGGAGGAGAUGUGGGCAUCUACACCGACGUUCACAAGUAUAUACCCUGGAUUGAGAAAAUCGCUAAAGACAAAUGAGACCAUGCUGUUCCCUCUGCAUCCCCCUGACUCUGCCAUUGGUGAUACAAACCACAAUU